ACUAGCGCAGCGCACUUCACCACAACAGCCAGCUGAUUCCAACCAUCUAGCCAGAGUGGCUUGCGUUUUGGUUUUGUUUUCGAGUAAACAUUGACCGUCUCGACCUUAGUUUUUAUCUUAUGGCAGAGACAUAACUAAGACCAGUUCAAACAAGUAUGGCGGUUGUUCUAAAAAGCUUUAACGGCUGUUCGUCAGUGUAGUCGGCUAGCUAGCUAGCUAGGUAAAGUUGAUAGCACUGAAUAGCAUCAACGCUAGCUAGCUAAGUUACAGAGGAUUCCUACAAGCUGGCAUCGAAAAACAUCACUGUCAACCAUGGGAAUACUGUUCACGAAGCUAUGGAGGCUUUUUAAUCAUCAAGAGCACAAAGUUAUCAUUGUGGGGCUGGACAAUGCUGGCAAGACCACCAUUCUUUACCAGUUUUCAAUGAAUGAGGUGGUUCACACCUCUCCGACAAUAGGGAGCAACGUGGAGGAGAUUGUCGUCAACAACACCCAUUUCCUGAUGUGGGACAUCGGGGGCCAGGAGUCUCUUAGGUCAUCAUGGAAUACAUACUACACAAACACAGAGUUUGUAAUUGUGGUGGUAGACAGCACAGAUAGAGAGAGGAUCUCAGUGACCAAAGAGGAACUCUACAGAAUGCUAGCACAUGAAGAUUUGAGAAAGGCAGGGUUGUUGAUCUUUGCCAACAAGCAGGAUGUAAAGGGUUGCAUGUCCGUGGCUGAAAUCUCCCAGAGCCUCCAGCUUACCUCUGUGAAAGACCACCAGUGGCACAUUCAGGCCUGCUGUGCUCUAACUGGGGAGGGGUUGUGCCAGGGUCUCGAGUGGAUGAUGUCACGGCUUCGCGUGAGAUGAUGACCUUUGUCUCUGAUCCAGAGUGCGCCCUUGCUCUUUGUUUUCUCUGCCUCCAGACAUGAGCUUGAAACAAGGGUGAGGGGGUCAGGUCGGCUGACAGAUGGCCGCUCUCCUCUUUCCUGUGAUGCUGACGUGGGCAGGCCGCUGCCAGGACUUUAUAUUCUCCUGUGAUAAUUUAUUUUACAAAAGACGUCUAAGAACAAAAAAAACUUGACCUUUUCAGAGGGUCAUGGGACAUCAAAAGAGACUCCAAUUUAUUUAAGUUUCUUGCACGGUUUUCUUUACAGCAAAACACAGAAGUCAGCAAAGUGUUUGACUUGGAACUGUACAUGGACUUUUUCUUUGGUUGUGUGUGAGUCUUGCCCACCGUGGCCUUGCAGUAUUGCCGGACUGGCUGUGGCGGUUUUUAUUGCCCUCCCCUGUGUGUACAGUCCAGUAUUCUCUUUUAACGUGGUGCCUGCAGCAGAAUGUUAAAACAGUGAUGGUUGAUAGUGACUGAAACCUAAAAAGAGGAGGGUAAAAUCACAAAAUACCCUCCUUUCAGUCUCUAUGAAUAAUCAGUGAAAUAAAGUGUUUUUAUCUGUUUCA